UGCGGUAUCAUAUAUCUUAACCGUGCAUUGUGCAGAUGCCUGAUGGCUUACCUAAAAAUUGAUUGAAUCGCUUGUGAAUUGUCUUCUAUGAUUGCUUAUACAGUUGAACCUAUUGCUCAAAAUAUUCAUUAAAUGGUUUAUUGUAUCUUCACAUCAGGAAAUAAAGCUGCAAUGGGGCAAGGGUUUGGCUCAAAAGCGUGAGAUGGAGGCUAGGCUUCAGGAAUUAGAAAACGAAAAGGAAAAACUGUUUGCUAGAAGCAGAGAUGAUCCUGAGCUGGACAAUAUGCUCAAGGAAAGGUUGAGAUGGGGUGAUCCAAUGGCGCAUUUGGUCAAGAAAAAGCAAGCGGAUCAGGCUCUUCUUCUGCCCGACUUUGGUUCAGAUGAUAGAAUGAAAGAAUCUGGUUUUGUAAUCCCUCAGGAAGUUCCUCCGCACAGCUGGAUUCGAAGAGGGUUAAAAGCGGCACCCAAUCGAUAUGGUAUUAAAACAGGGCGGCACUGGGAUGGUUUUGAUCGCAGUAACGGUAAACUUUCACUUGGCUUCCCGUGUUGUGUUUCUUGAAACGUUCUAUUUUUUUAAUCGGUAUUCAACUGUAGUAAUAAUACAAUUGUUCAAGCGUACUAAUGAAAAACAAGCAACUGAAAAAGAGGCAUAUCUUUGGUCUGUUGCUGACAUGUGACAUGCCAAUACAACAUAUUUUUGCUUAAUUUGUUAAUGACAUUUGUGAUUUUGUGUGUUAAUGAUCGUCCAUUUUGUCCAAUGUAACUAAAGUUAAUGACACUAUCAUCCUUUGCUUGACAAGCUUAACACACUUGCGCUUCUUGCUGUACAUAAACAUGAUUUUAGGGGAUGUGUGCAGAGCAGCCGCACCCCUUAAACUUUACACAAUCCGCUUUGCAUUUAUUAAUUAUUAUUACGGAGUAUUAGACGUAAGGCGUGUGCCCUUCCUAAUAUGUAGUCUCUGCCCUCGUAACUUUGCCAAUUUUCUCAAAAAAAUUGUCAUUUUUCCUUUUAAUCAUUCAAUUUGUGCUCAUGUGAUUUCUCUCUCUUCUGCAAAGAUAUCUACCACACUUUUAACUUUAUUAUUUACAUGCUGCUCAAACUCUUAAGGAGUGAAGAGAGUGUGUUUUUAGUGGUAACUUCAUAUUCAACAUCGAAUUUCAUAUACAGAGUAUGUAAUUUAAAUAGUAGUUUAGGUAAAAAAGAGUUGUGCAAAAAUAUCCAAACGAGUUUAAUUUUGUGCCUUGUUCAUGAGUACAAAAGUAUUUAAAGUAUUGAUUUAAGAAAAAUAUAGAGAGAGAAAUCGGUUUAUUACUUAGGUCUAGGGGUGGUCCGGUAAUGUUUCGGACCGGAAUGGGUCCGGAGAAUCCAGAUCAGACUUGGGAUUGCCCAUAGUCCGCCCAAGCAUGUUAUUUGGUCCUUGUUCACCCAUUCGGUGACUGAACUAGACGGUUUAGGUUCCGUAUCUGCAAAUUUUUGUUAGGGCUUGAAAAUGGGGGAAAACGAAAAAAAUAGAACGGGGCCGGGUCUGGGCCAGGAUUGGGAGUGGGUCGCUCGGGUACCCGAAACUAGCCCAGACCCGAAUUUAAAUGGGCCAGACCCGGGCUUCUCCUACCAACGAUCGGGACUAGCUGGUCUGGGAUCAGAUCGGGUCCAAGUUGGGGUCCGCUAUUAUGCCUACAUUACACAUAUUUAUUCUAUUGCUUUCCGUCUUCAUCCUCGUUUCAAACUUUCAAAUUAUAAAACAUUUUUAGAAUAUUAUUAUAUUGCUUUCUACGGUCCAUUCCCUAUGUACGAAGACACACCUAUAGAUCCUCAAGCCCAAUUCAACGAGGUUAGUAAUCUAUGUCACGCUUAAUUUAAUGAGUUUCAUGUACAAUAUUGUAACGCACCCCCUCCCCCAUUACCGAGUGCUUCCUCAUCUAAAGGAAAAGUUUUUUUUAAAUCAACAAUAUCUACUCUUUUGAAAAAAGUAAAUCAACUCCUUCCAUUGCACAAAGCUCGAUUAACGAGCUCUUUUUAUAUCUAAUGUUUCUUGUUGAGUUUAAUGAAGCGGAAGACUUUGAUAUUCUCCAAUGGUGGAAGACCCACGAAGGGAUGUUUCCGGUUUUAUCAAAAAUGGCCAAACAAGUGUUGUCGAUGCCGGUUUCAACUGUUGCUGUGGAACAAGAGUUAAGCCAAGCCGGUAACGUUUUAAGUGACUAUAGAACGAGGUUGAGCGCUUCAUCUCUCGAGACACUCGUUUGCUUCCAUGAAUCCAUGAUUGGUUGAAGGUCCGUAGUAGAACACAAGAACUCAACAUAGCACCGGACCACCAUUUCAUGGAGGAAACGACAACCGACGUCGGAAGUGGCUCCGACAAUUAGUUCAAGACUUCAAGUAUUGUAAUUUUCAACUUUAAAGUAUUCUCAAUUGUAAUUUUUAAAUGUGAUACUCAUACAAGUGACAAUGUAGUGUUUAAAAUAAAUAUACAUCAUUUAUUCAUUCUCCA